AUUGUCUACUCGUUCUAAUUUAUUUUUAAAAACUCUUGCAAAUUAUAGAGCUUUUAAAUCAAGGUACCGAACUGUUUUAGCGGAAUUUAAUUGCAUAAGUGGCGUUAACUACAUUCACAUUAUAAUCUAGCCGUGAAUCAAGUGAAAAUACCUACCAAAAUAGAGGAUACAACAAAUUGAACCGGCAUUUAAUUACCUUUAAGAAAACUUUAAUUAUACUUUUAUCUUUAUUUUCAUUUUAGAACAAUGAGCAAGUCUGCGUUAGUGAUUUUGGCGCAGGGUGCAGAGGAGAUGGAGACAGUUAUAACUGUUGAUAUGCUGAGACGAGGAGGGGUAACAGUUACUCUAGCUGGCUUGGAAGGUUCAUCUCCUGUGCUGUGCUCAAGGCAAGUGACUCUAGUACCUGAUAAGUCACUGACUGAAGCCCUCGCUGAGAAACAACAGUAUGAUGCUGUGAUUCUACCAGGAGGCUUAGAAGGAUCAGACAGUCUCUCCAAAUCCGAGAAGGUUGGUGCUCUGCUUAAAGACCACGAGGAUAAUGGGAAAAUCAUUGCUGCCAUUUGUGCUGCUCCCAUAGCGUUUGCAGCCCACGGCGUGGCGAGGGGCCGGCGCGUGACGUCAUACCCCAGCACCAGGGACAAGCUGUCGGCCGGCGACUACACGUACGUGGAGGGGGAGAGGGUGGUGGUGGACGGCAACGUGGUCACCAGCCGGGGUCCCGGCACGGCGUACUGGUUUGGUUUAACCCUCAUCGAGUUGCUGACGGGAAAGGAAAAGGCCGAUCAAGUCGAAAAGGGAAUGUUAAUCUCGCAGUACUAAUAUUAUUAAACAAUAAUAACACGGGAAUAUAUUAUGUAAUAUUAUAAGGAGUUAAAAAAAAAACCAUGUGUUUUUUUUCCGCUGGAUUUUAUUAUUUAUUUUAAAUGAUCCCGGUGAGCUCAAUGAGAGGUAAGAAAAUUAAACUUAAGUAAAAUUAUUAAAAUUUCUUUGAUAAACGUGAUAUAUUUUCUAUAUAGGAGGGUAUGUUUUAAAAGUACAAUUAUGGAGGGUAGAAGUAAGAGCGCCAUCUUGCAUGGGGGACAAGUUGAAAAAGUGUCCAUCUGUAGUAAACAGCAAGUUGUUGUUGGAAGACUCGCCGAAAUAGCGCUAGUGUAGGAAGUGGAAAUCAUAUAAAUAUAGCAGUUUUGAAAAGAGUGAAGUGUAUCGGGUUGAAGUGAAGUGUGCUAGUUUAUGGGAGUUGUUAAAAUUUCUCCACUUGCUACUGUGACGCCACCUUGAUUGGCUCCCUUUCAGCGGACACUUUUUAAUACUAACGUGUGUAUGAAAGCUCUUGUAGUGAAUUUUAAUUUAGGAUUAUACGUGAAAUUAAAAUAUCAAUUCACAGAGGGCGCUACCUUAGAAUUAUUUACUAAUGACAAAAUUUUACAUAUACUUAAGACGUUUAGGAUAAUUGUAUUUUAAUUUUGGAAGGUUUCACUUCUACCACGUGUGAAUUGCACACAUGUUUUUUUAAUACACAUUUUUUUUUAUGGGAUUUUAUGACUUGGUAACUAAGGCUUUUAAGUCAAGUUUUAUUUUUAUUUUAAUGAAAACUUAUAUGAAAAAUAAUAUUAUGAACUAAAAUGAAAUGAGAUGAGAUGGAUAGGAUGAAAUAUAAUCUCAGUAAAAUGGUGGUCAUUUACUGAGACUUUUUCAGUGGACUUUUUGAAUGAUCCCGAGAAGUUACGUCCAGCGGCUUUGUUUCAUUUUCCCACAAUUGUGCACUUUCACAGAUGCAAAACAGUUAAUAAACCAGCGUUAUUACACAUUUAAACCUGAAGAAACAUUAAAUAGACAUAAUAAAACAAAUCACACAACUUCGCUCCUCUCGUUCCCGCCAAAAAGUCGUUGGAAGACACCGAUAUAGCCCUAGUGCAGGAAGUAGAAAUGAUAUGAAUAUAGCAGUUUUAGACAGAGCUGUGCCAGGUUGAAGAGAAUAGUGGCAGUUUAUGACGUUGUUUUUAAAAUAUCUCCACUUGCUACUGUGGCGCCAUCUUGAAUAGCGGACAUUUUAAUACACUAAGAUGGAUUUCCGUACUUCUACCCUCCAUAUGUACAUUAAUGAAAUUUAGCGAAGAGAGAUCUGUACUAAAUCAAACAGCGGGGUCGGGAUGCUUUACGGAAUAAAAUGUGGGCUUUUUUUCGUAUAAAAUCUAUAGAUAUCGCUUAUGUUCA